CUUCUCACGCACUCGCACGGAGUACUGCACUUUCCUUUAUUAAAGACCCCAUUUAAUCAGGUUCGGUAAUCUGACAAGUGAAGAAGGUAAAAAGUAAAGAGAAAGAUAAAGUGGUAACAAAGUGAUGAAGAGAGAGAGAAGAGAAGAAAGAGUCUCCUCACUCCUACUCUCCUCCGUGGUUGAUAUUUUACAAGCAUUCUUCACUAUGCUUUGCUAAGCCAAAUACCCAACAAACUCACUUCAAAUAAUUCCUUUAAUUGUCCAAGAAAAUUACAUAGAAAAGCCAUGGUGGGCUCAGGAGCAACAGACAGAGGCAAAGAAGCUGUUGGGAUGAUGGCCCUUCAUGAGGCCCUCCGAACCGUCUGUUUAAAUUCAGACUGGAAUUACUCUGUCUUCUGGACCAUUCGACCUCGCCCGUCUCUCCUUCUCUGUUCUAUUUUAGUCUGUUUUUAUGAUCUAUACACUUCCAUUUUCUUGAUUUUUUUUCUAAUUCUUUGUUGGGUCUUUUGCAUUUCUUGCAGGAGAGUUAGAGGUGGUAAUGGCUGCAAAGUUGGAGAUGACAACGGUAGCUUGAUGUUGAUGUGGGAAGAUGGGUUUUGCAGAGGCAGAGUUACACAGUGUUUGGAUGAGAUGGAUGGCGAGGAUCCUGUCAGAAAAGCCUUCAGCAAAAUGUCUAUUCAGUUGUAUAAUUAUGGAGAAGGAUUGAUGGGGAAAGUUGCUUCUGAUAAGUGUCAUAAAUGGGUUUUCAAGGAGCCAACUGAAUGUGAACCAAAUAUCUCCAGCUACUGGCAGAGUUCAUUUGAUGCACUUCCUACUGAGUGGACUGAGCAGUUUGAGUCUGGCAUUCAGACUAUAGCUGUUAUUCAAGCUGGGGAUGGCCUACUGCAACUUGGUUCCUGCAAGAUUAUAACUGAAGACCUCCAUUUUGUGCUGAGAAUGAGACAUACCUUUGAAUCCUUAGGCUAUCAAUCUGGAUUAUACCUAUCCAAGUUAUUUUCUUCAUCUCGCAACUCCUUGUCUUCAUCCACGGUUCCCCUUAUGCAAUCGGUUAUGCCGAUUCGUCCUCCUUCUCCUGUUUUUAACUUGGGGCCAAGGCCAAUCCCUCCAGCAGUUUCAAUGCUUACAUCUCCAAAUUUUCAAAACACGGCUGGGGUCGGAAUUCCACCUCCAAAUCAUUCAUCCGAUAUGUUGGGAGAUCUCAAAAACGAUAUAAAAUGGCCAAAUGGAUUGUCUUUCUUCAAUGCUGUCAGUGGACAAACAGAUGGAGCAAAACUUUUGUUCAAUCCUGAGGGCUUUGUAAACAAGCUUGACCGUCAGAAUCCAACAAUGGAUUCCUUGAGUUUGCAUAACAACGGCAAUGCAAAUCUUGACGAGUUUUUAAGCUUGGAUAAUAAUCCCAAGAUGGUUAACAACUUUGAGGGGAUCUUUACAUUACCUGCGAGAAUUACUACUCCAUCUUCGUCGACUUCACUUGAUCACCACACACAAAAUCCCGGGGAGUUCAGGAAUGAAGCAGGGAUGUACUCUGAUGUUAUGGAAACUUUCUUGGAGUGAGUUUAGAAGGCUUGCUUGGAAGGAUUAAGGCUUAGAAAUUGUAAUUAGGAAAAGCAUCUACUCUUUGUGACAGUUACCUUUGUUCAAUUUAGUGCUUUCUAUAAUUAUAUGACUUCUGUUAUUUUUAAAGACU